AUGCCGGGACUACCAGAUGGGCUCAUCUCAUUUGGACCAGGUGCCAACUGUACCCUAGACCUCUGUCCCCUCGAAGCCAGCAUUCUCAGAUAUCAACCAUCUCUUCCAGCUACCUAUGCCCCAAUAGCAAUAUUUGCUAUCUCACUCCUUUGGAAUGUGUUCAAUGGCACUUAUAAUUGCUCGUGGGGCUUCAUGGCUAGCUUGAUAGGUGGGUGCAUAUUGGAGAUCGUUGGAUACGUUGGGCGCAUCAUCAUCCACGAUAAUCCAUUUGACUUCAAUGGGUUCAUCAUGCAGAUCAGUUCGUCCACUAUUUCCUCCAUGCCGUCAGAUUCUAACAACCCGAAAGUUUGCAUCACAGUUGCUCCUGUGUUCUUUUGCGCUGCCAUUUAUGUUCUAUUGACUCAAACAAUCUUACACAUUGAUGAAAGGGUCUCUCGCUUCAAAGCUCGAUAUUUCUCCUGGAUAUUCAUUUCCUGCGAUAUUGUGUCCCUCAUUUUGCAAGCCGUCGGCGGGGCACUAUCCUGUAUUGGAAGUACCAAAUUGAAGAUUCAAGUCGGAGUGGACGUUUCGCUCGCCGGAUUGAUCUUCCAGGUUGCUACGCUCUCUUUAUUCACGCUUCUCUUUCUCGACUACCUGCAUUCUUGCUGGAAACUAUACAACGGCAUGGUUUUUACCAGACGAAUGAAUGUCUUCCUCUUUUUUCUAACAUUGUCAACCAUUCUCAUUUUGAUUCGAUGUGUCUAUCGCAUUGUGGAGUUACACGCCGGAUAUUUCAGCCCUUUGUUCAGAGAUGAGCCACUAUUCAUCGCACUUGAGUCCGGGUAA